AUGCCGUUCCUCAUCAACAUCAACAAGCUCGAGGGCAGCUUCGUGUACGCCACCAGGACCCUGCUCUUCCUGCGAGGGAACGGCACGCUCGCGCCGGUCGCCAUCGAGCUCAGCUCGCCCCGGCUCCAGGGCGACCUGACCACCGCGGAGAGCACCGUGUACACGCCUGAGGACACCGGCGUCGAGGGCUGGAUAUGGCAGCUCGCCAAGGCCUACGUCGCCGUGAACGACUACGGCUGGCAUCAGCUCAUCAGCCACUGGCUCAACACGCACGCGGUGAUGGAGCCCUUUGUCAUCGCGACUAACAGGCAGCUCAGCGUGACCCACCCGGUGCACAAGCUCCUCCACCCGCACUACCGCGACACGAUGAACAUUAACGCCAAGGCCCGGGGCUUGCUCAUCAACGCCAACGGCGUCAUCGAGAUGACCGUGUUCCCGGGCAAGCACGCGAUGCCCAUGUCUUCCAUGGUCUACAAGAACUGGAACUUCACCGAACAAGCUCUGCCCGACGAUCUAAUCAAGAGGGGCAUGGCAGUGGAGGACCCAUCGAGCCCGCACAAGGUGCGGCUGCUGAUCGAGGACUACCCGUACGCGGCGGACGGGCUCGCCGUCUGGCAUGCGAUCGAGCAGUGGGUAGCAGACUACCUGAGCAUCUACUACCCCAACGAUAGCGUGCUGCAGGGCGACGUGGAGCUACAAGCAUGGUGGAAGGAGGUGCGGGAGGUCGGACACGGCGACCUCAAGGAUGCGGCGUGGUGGCCCAAGAUGCAGACAGUGGCGGAGCUGAUCAAGGCCUGCGCCACCAUCAUCUGGAUAGGGUCGGCGCUCCACGCGGCCGUCAAUUUCGGGCAGUACGCGUACUCAGGCUACCACCCCAACAAGCCGUCGAUGAGCCGCCGACCGAUGCCGGCGCCGGGCAGCACGGAGUACGCGGAGCUGAGGGACAACCCGGAGCUGGCCUUCAUCCACACCAUCACCAGCCUGUUCCAGGCCCUGGUGGGCAUCUCGCUGAUGGAGAUCCCCUCCAAGCACUCCUCCGACGAGGUGUACCUGGGUCAGCGUGACACGCCGGCGUGGACGUCAGACGCCAAGGCACUCGAGGCGUUCAAGCGGUUCGGGGCCAGACUGGUGGGCAUUGAAAAGCAGGUGGACGACAGGAACAAAGAUUCGCGGCUGAAGAACCGCAUCGGGCCGGCCAAAUUCCCAUACAUGCUGCUCUUCCCCAACACCUCCGACCACACGGGCGAGGCCGUGGGGCUCUCGGCCAAGGGCAUCCCAAACAGCAUCUCCAUCUGA